AUGACUAGUAUCUAUCACGAUGAUGACGAUCAUCUCACGGCUUCAGGUAAAGACCUGUGGUCGAAUUUCUGUGUACUGGUUGAUGCGGCGGUUAUGUUAUAUGAAGAAGAAGAAGAAGAACAACGUCGUAAGAUUGUCUCUGAAGAAGAAGAAGAAUUCCAGAAGAGAAUCUUUUGUCUCUUCCCGAGAAAAACAAGAUCGUCUUUGGUGAAGAGACAACAAAAUCUUAUUAGGGUUUCUACUUCUUCAUCGCUUAUCGAUCUUAACCAGUUCCCUACCGAUUCUGAGAUCGAAGACCCACAAAACCAUCUUCAAGGGCUAUCCUCUUCAUGUUUCAUUGCCGCUAAUUCCGAGACAAAAACAUUACAAAACCCUAGUUCAGAACCUUGUUCUUCACUCGGACUCUUUGGUCACAAGACGGCUGAGUACCAAAAGACGGAGACGAAAGACCCACCAAACCCUAAUUUCCCAUGUACUAUGUCUUUGUGCCUAAUGGAGAACACAAGCCGCAAGAGACGUGCUGUGGAACAAAGGAAGCGUAGUGGUGGAGUCAAGAAAGCAAAUGUUGCUCCUUUUUCACAAACGGCGAGAGAGACACCUGAGUGGCUUGUCAAGGUGAUGACAAACAUGAAAGAAGCCAAAGACGCUAAAUUGAUCUUUGAGAAGACUCUGUUCGUGACUGAUGUAAACCCAACAAAGAACCGUCUCUCAAUGCCUUUCAACAACUUACUCCGAAACGAUUUCCUGACGUCUGUGGAGUCCAUAAUCAUAAACGAAGACAUCAACAACAAUAACAAGAUUGGAGUGGGAGCGAUUCUCGUGGAUCAACGGUGUAAAAAGUGGGGUGUGAUGUUAAAGAGAUGGGAGAUGAAGAAGGAAUCAGGUAAAGGAAGCUGGAGUUACAAUUUGAUUUGUGGGUGGAACGACAUCGUUGAGGCUAACAGAUUGAAAGAAGGCGACAACAUUACUCUUUGGUCGUUUAGGUGCUGUGGAAUCCUCUGCUUUGCCAUGGAACAGAGUAGCUCUUCCCUUGCUCUCUGUCUCUGCUAA